AGUCGCGGCGCGCUUGUGACGGCCGAACCUCGUGCCUGCCAGUCUCGUCGCAGUCGCCGCCGAGCUUGGUCGAGUCGGAGUGAUCGCGCCGUGUCGGUCCGUUCGUGCGCAACAGUUCGUCUCGAUCCGCUGAUGACGUUGAUAUUCAUCGCGCGAUCGACAAAAGGAAAAGGAAGACACGCUGGUGGAAGAGGGCAACGGACACUCGAGUCGUCGAUAGAAGAAGAAGAGCGGGUUACGAGAGCCCGAGACGUCGUACUAAAGCCGAUAUAUCGAGGAAGCGUCGUUCUUCGGAGUGAAGUUUGCUGCGUGCUCUCUCUCUCCUGCCGCAAACUCUGAUCUUUCCCACGUUCAGUUCUCAUUUCACCUCGCGAGCGAUGUCAAGAAUGUGACAGUGCGCGUCGCGAAUUCAUCGACACAACAAGUUCUUCGUCGAGAAGCAACAGCAGCAGCGGCGGCGGCGGCGGAAAAGCAUCGCCGGCGAUGGGUGCCGAGAAUCGCGGCAUCGUGUGACGGUGAGAGAGAAAGAACAGAGCGGCGCGUGGAAACGUAACGCGAGAGGAGAUAAAAGAAGAAGAAGACGAAGGGAGAGAAGGGGACGGACGAUGCGAGCGGAAAAUGUCACUCGGUGAUACGCGCGCACGGAUGACGGGGAGUGAUCGACGGAGCGACGAUCGCGAGUCCGAGGUUGUUGGAGUGUCGUCGCGGCGGCGGUGGUGGUGGUGGCAGCGAUCCUCGUCGCCGUCGCCGUCGUCGUCGUCGACGUCGUCCCUACGCGGUGCCGCCGACCACCCGGUGGUGCCGGCAUUGACGACGACGCGAGCACCGGAUCGUCGGCAGGGAGAGGAGCAUCGGGAGCGACGUCAUCUCCUGCCACGAGCGUCACCGAGAUCCAAGUACUACUGCUCUUCGGCGACGACGUCUUUGUCGUUGCGUCAGCUGUGGAGAGUCGCGAGUUCUUGCUCCUGAAGAGAGGAUUCAGCGGCGGCGCCGGUGUGUUAUAUAUACCGCGCAUACUCUUAUAUCUUGUAUACAUAUACACGUCGUUGUGCCGGGUCGCGAGGUUAAGGCACCGCAUCGCCCUCGAUACGUAGGCGACGUCCGAGGAAAGUAAAGGCCGGGUGUCGUGCGUGCGCCGACCGAUUCGUUUCGUGCUUACCCUCCUCCCCCUCUUCCUCCCCCCCUGGGUCUCUUCUUUCUCCUACCUCUCUCUCUGUCUAUCUCUCGAGAACGCGCGUGUAUAAACGGAUAACGAGUCUACGACGAUAUUAUACCCAGUAGCAGGGCGCGCGUCUGUCGGUAAUCUCCGACCAGUUGCAUCCGCGUGGUGCGUUUUUAUUUUUAUUUUUUUUACGUCGUCGGUCGACUCGCGGACGACGACGUCGACUUUUCGUCCGCGAUGCCGACAGUGGCUCGCGCUCCCGGCCGUCGUGCGGAUUGUUUGUUCCCGGGAGGUGUUCGUCGACGGGAUACGUAGAAGACUCCCUCGAGAGAGAGAGAGAGAGAGCGAGAAGAAUCGAGGAGAUCUCUACUAGAUCUCUAGAAGAAGCGGAGAAGAGCAAACGAGAGGUAAAUGAGAGUUCAAGGUCAGCCGGUGUCGGACUCGAGCUCGAGUGUAACGCGGCCGAAAGACUUAUCCGAGGAAUAAAAGAUUGGUGCGCGUUUCGUUCGCCGCUCAUCGGAAAUAUCCACGCGAGAUAGAGAAGAGAGAGAGAGAGCAGAAGACACAAGAAGAAGAAUCCGCGAGAAAGAGAGAAAGAAGGACCGUGAAACGGAGCUCCGCCGUGUGGUUUGGACUGUCACACUAUUUCGGGACCGUGAUCGCGCGUGAGAUAUAUACGCGCAUAAAUAAAUAUACACGCUUGCGCGCGAGAGAGCGGGCGUGACUGUGUUUGUGCGUCGUGUGUGUGUGUUUUUCGCUCCGUAUACCGUCUGUGAUCUCGCGUGUGCGCGAACAAGUGCUUUUUCGGUUGACAGUGCGUAUUUGGUGUUUAUUGGAAAGGAGAAGAGAAUAAAGGGAUUUUGCGGGAAGGGGAGGGAAGCGAAACAUCACUCCCUACUCUCAGCUCUCUUUCCCUCGUGUCCUCCUUUUGUUUUCCUACGGCGGCUACGUUGAAAAGGACUGGCCACCAAAUGCGCGUACCGCAAAUCCCGUUUCAUGUUGAUGUUCUGGAGCAAACGGACGGUGCUCACUAGACGUCUGCUAAAGGCCAAGGUCCGUGGGGAGCAUGAAACCGAGUGUGAAGCUCAAGAGGAUUCAUCGUCACGUACGUAUCAUCGCACGAGCAGCAGCAACACUAGCGGCGGCGCCGUCGUCUACGACAGCAACGACAGCAGAGCGACGUCGACGACGACAGCAGCAACAACAAUAACAACAACACCACCACCACCACCACCACCACUACCACCACCACCACCAGGCGGCCGACAAGUGAGCAGGACGGAAGGAAGUGGUGCGGUGGUGUACGGGAGUCGCAACACGAGCCGGUUGCACCAGGGCUGCUGCGGCGGCGGCCACGUGAGCCAGGAUGACGACGAGCAGCAACAGCACGAGCAGCAACGCCGAUACUACGAUAAUCCCGCCCGAUUGCUGAGGGUCAAAGAGCUCCUCAAGACGCUCAAGGAGAAUCAGCUGGAAAUGCUGCUCGUCGCCGUCGAGAGCUCCGGCGCCGAUCUCGGCUCGUGCGUCCUCGUGCCGCGUCAACAACGCUCGCCGGCUGACGAUUAUCCCAUGUACGAGCAGCAGCAGCAACAGCAGCAGCAACAGCACGACCAAAACUAUCACGGCAGGCCGCAUCGCCAUCACGGCCGUCACGGCUUUCAGCACCAUCGCUAUCGUCGCUACCGGCGUCGCUCCAGCAGGCACCACCGCUCGUCCUCGGUCGAGGACGAGCAGGAGAGCUGCUGCUCCGCGUCCGAGGACUCGUUGUCCGCGUCGCCGAUGAGAACGGACAGGUGCUGCGGGAAGACGAGCGUCGUCGUGCCGGCGACGAGAGGACCGACCGAGGGAAGACGACGAUGCAACGAUCCGCACCUCCUCUGCUGCCAGAUCUGGCGGUGGCCGGAUCUCGAGCACUCGUCCGAGCUCAAGAGACUACCUAUCUGUCAUUCCGCUAAAGAUCCCGUCUACGUAUGCUGCAACCCUUACCACUAUAGCCGGCUCUGCAAACUCGAGACGCCGCCACCCCCGUAUUGCCUUAUCGCCGACAGACUGAGACCCGAAGAUCGCGCGCCCAGCGAAGGGGAUCAACGUCGGUGCAAAAACAGCACGCCCCUGCCACUUCCCGGCUCGCUUACCACCAACGGAGAAGGUGAGACAGGGCAGAGGGAAUGGUGCACCCUGGCGUACUGGGAAUUAGGGGGUCGAGUAGGUCGUCUGUAUCCCGUGGAGCCGUUGACGGUGAACGUUUUCGAUUCGCUCCACGACGGCGACGGCCUCUGUCUGGCGACUUUGACCGAGAAUCACAAUGCACCGCCCGCGGUCCAGCGUACGCGCAGCAAAAUCGGUCUAGGACUAACGCUUAGUCAGGAAGCGGACGGUGUAUGGGCGUACAAUCGGUCGGAGAGUCCGAUCUUCGUGCACUCACCCACCUUGGACGAACCGGAAUCGCGGACCCUGCUGGUCUACCGGGUGCCAUCGGGCUUUUGUCUCAACAUCUUCGAUCGCGCCAAGAUCCUGCAGCUUCCAUACAACGGCGGUGGCAGCGGCGGUGUUGGCGGCGGAUGUCAGACCGCCGGAUUUGCUGCUUCCGGCCCCGUCGACAUUAACUCCGUCCGCAUCAGCUUUGUCAAGGGCUGGGGACCCAACUACUCGCGACAGGAGGUCACCUCCUGCCCGUGCUGGCUCGAAGUGCUCUUGGCACCGUGCAGGUGAUCGUUUCCCAAGCUGGCCGGGCCGAAAGGGUAUCGUCAAGUCUCGUCCUUAACUCGCGCCUUUUCUUCCUCCUCGUUGUCGUCAUCGUUGUUGUUGUUGUUCUCGGGGAGGAUAAUGAUGCGACGACCGUGGCCUUUAGCUCCGUCCUAACGAGAGCUGUGUUAAUAAUGACUAAUAAAUAAAACAAAAAAACGU